AUGAAGGACUUUGUAAGUUUAAACAUCCAUGAAGACACACCUUAUGGACUGAACAAGUAUCUCAGUUAUGAGAGACUGAGUCCAAAAUAUCAAGCCUACAUUGCUACAUUUUCUUCCACUACUGAACCAACCAGCUACUCAGAAGCUAUUCAAGAUCCAAGGUGGGUGCAAGCAAUGAAAGAAGAAAUUGCAGCCUUAGAGAAUAACAAUACUUGGGAAGUGGUACAACUUCCUCAAGGGAAAUCAACUAUAGGUUGUAAAUGGAUCUAUAAAAUAAAGUACAAAGCAAAUGGAGAAGUGGAGAGGUUCAAGGCUAGAUUAGUAGCUAAAAGGUAUAGUCAAAAAGAAGGAAUUGAUUAUCAAGAAACAUUUUCACCUGUUGUGAAAAUGGUGACAGUAAGGACUUUUCUAUCACUUGCAGCAACAAGAAAGCAAGAAUCUGAAGUACUCCUUGUUCUGAAUGAGGAAUCACCUGUAUGA